GCACCAGUGACACAAAAAGGAAGAAAGCAGAAAAGCCUCCGAAACUUGCAGAGCCUCCGAAACUCCACAGUGUCAGUUCCUCGGUCAGUGCCCCACCACCGUCGCUCGGCCGUCGCUGCGAGCUCGCUCUGUCCCACCGCCGAUGGCAACGGUGACGGGCGCGAUGGCCGCCACCUACAGGGCCCCGAUACCGGCCGCAUUCUCUGCCCCCGGCGAUCUCGGCCUCGGCCGCCGCGGCGCGGGGUCGCCCGGUUGGCGCUGCAGCGCCGGCGGGAGGUGGCUGCGGGCGGCGGCGCCGGCCGGGAGGUCGUUUGUGUUCUCGCCGAUGGCCGUGUCGGACUCGCGGAGCUCGCAGACGUGCCUCGAUCCGGACGCCAGCACGAGUGUUCUUGGGAUCAUCCUUGGAGGUGGCGCAGGGACAAGGCUGUAUCCGCUGACGAAGAAGAGGGCGAAACCGGCGGUGCCGUUGGGUGCCAACUACAGGCUCAUAGAUAUCCCUGUCAGCAAUUGCCUGAACAGCAAUGUGUCCAAGAUCUAUGUGCUGACGCAGUUCAACUCGGCUUCGCUCAAUCGCCACCUCUCGAGGGCCUAUGGGAGCAACAUUGGUGGGUACAAGAACGAGGGAUUCGUUGAAGUCCUUGCAGCGGAGCAGAGCCCGGAGAAUCCUAACUGGUUUCAGGGUACUGCAGAUGCUGUGCGUCAGUAUUUGUGGCUAUUCGAGGAGCACAAUGUUAUGGAGUUCCUUAUUCUGGCUGGCGAUCACCUGUACCGUAUGGACUACCAGAAAUUCAUUCAAGCCCACAGAGAAACAGAUGCUGAUAUAACUGUUGCCGCCCUGCCAAUGGAUGAACAACGUGCAACUGCAUUUGGUCUUAUGAAAAUUGAUGAUGAAGGGAGGAUAGUUGAGUUUGCAGAAAAACCCAAAGGAGAGAAGUUGAAAUCAAUGAUGGUUGACACCACUAUACUGGGCCUUGAUCCUGAGAGGGCCAAGGAAUUGCCUUAUAUUGCUAGUAUGGGAAUCUAUGUUUUUAGCAAAGAUGUGAUGCUUCGGCUUCUCCGAGAAAACUUACCUGCAGCAAAUGACUUUGGAAGUGAGGUCAUUCCUGGCGCAACAGAAAUUGGAAUGAGGGUUCAAGCUUACUUAUAUGAUGGUUACUGGGAAGAUAUUGGUACUAUCGAGGCAUUUUAUAAUGCAAACUUGGGAAUAACGAAGAAGCCUGUACCAGAUUUUAGCUUCUAUGACCGUUCUGCUCCAAUUUAUACGCAACCUAGAUACUUGCCUCCUUCAAAGGUUCUCGAUGCUGAUGUGACAGACAGUGUUAUUGGUGAAGGUUGUGUUAUUAAAGAUUGCACAAUCAACCAUUCCGUGGUUGGACUCCGUUCCUGCAUUUUUGAAGGUGCAGUGAUAGAGGACUCUUUGCUAAUGGGUGCAGACUAUUACGAGACCGAACAUGAUAAGAAAGUCCUUUCGGAGACUGGUGGCAUUCCCAUUGGUAUCGGGAAGAAUGCGCAUAUCAGAAAAGCAAUAAUCGACAAGAAUGCUCGUAUCGGAGAAAAUGUGAAGAUAAUCAACUUUGACAAUGUCCAAGAAGCAGUAAGGGAGACAGAAGGAUACUUCAUCAAAAGUGGCAUUGUCACUGUGAUUAAGGAUGCCUUAAUCCCUAGCGGAACAGUCAUAUAAAGUUAACCUUCACCAUGUAGAUAAGGUUGGUUUCCAGCAGAUGUGAUCGCUGAUGUGCAUCAAGUUAUCUCCUUCCUUUCCAGACCAUGGCUUGUUUCCAUGUUGCAAAGUCACCAAGCUCCACAUCAACGUGCGAGGAUAUCACCAAAAGAGUGAAAUGGUGCCACUUAAGGGCACCAUUUUCCUGUCACUAGUAUGAGGCGAUGGGAAAAUAUGUUGUCGAGUCUGAAAAAUCUGAAUUUUCAACAACAAAAAGAAUUUGGAUACUUCGAUACAUGUAAUUGCAUAUUUUUGCAGUUUCAGACUUCAUAUAUCUUGUGUGUAGGCACUUUGCCGCCUGAAUGCAUGCUCCCUGCCUUGCCCAGGGAAAUGAGGAUCAAAUAUGCCAUCCAUGUCAUGGAUUUUUUC